UGUCUGUUACUUAACAUGUUUCACAUGCAGCGUCUGCUGCAUGUGACUGUUAUAAGAAACCUCAGAAACUGAGAUAUUUAUUCAGUUUGUUAUUGAGAGGUAAACGUGUUUUUUUUUUGCACACAAUAUUAAAUAUUAAAUAUGAAUAUGAGAGGGGAAAUGAUCAUGUCUGGCUGGCGUUUUGCUUUGCGCAUUGAUUUACACUGAAGUAUGAAGUUAUCCAACCGAUUUUUUUCCAGACAAAGAUGGGGACGUCACUGAUCACAGAGAACAUAAGCACUGGACUGGCUGUUGUUGGCGUUAUAGUAAUAGCAAGGAGUAUCAAACUGACAACCACAUUUCAAGCUGUGUCUGAGAUCCCUGCACGUUUCAUUGAGAGGAACGUCAGCCUCCGUGGGAAAGUUCAUUCAAUCACAGAAAGAGGACUUAAGGUGGAACAUGUUCCAAUUUACCUGCCAGUACUCUCUGGGAUACUUUCAAAUAAACAAGGUGUGUGCAAGUCCCCGAUGCUGGUGCAUCUUGCAGGAGUGGAGUUGACCCCAGAGGGCAGGGAAUGGCUGCAGAAGAACCUGGCCCAAACAGUGUGGUUAAAACUCAUCAGUCGAGAGGAUGACAUCCUACACUGUUUGGUGUCUCAAAGCAGGCAGGGGUCGAUGUUUAGCUGUUGUAUGAACGAAGAGGUCCUUAGGCUGGGUCUGGCUCGCAGUGCACCCGUGGUUGGGGUCCGGCCUGACUCUCCCCUCUACUGGCGUCUUCACAAACGGCUGCACAGGGCAGAGGUCAAAGCUGAGAGGAAGGGGCGGGGACUGUGGAAGGAGGACAGCCUAUGGGAGAGAGCCUCCAAGGCGGUCAGGGACAGUGCUUUAUUCAGACUGAUGAGGAGGAUUUUGAAGAGGACCUGAUGCACCAAGUGACUUUGACAUUGAAAGGCAAAUUAUUUGAAUCAAAACGAGACAACACACAGUCAUUUUUUUACUGUAUCCCUUGUUUUGUCCCCUAAUAUAUAUAAAAAGACUCACCGGGUUACAUGUUA